UGGGAGGUAACCUUUACGUAAUGCAGAGCUUUCUGGAUAACGUGCUUCCGGAUGACGGAUCCCAUACCUGUAUAUGAUUUAAGAGAGCGUGUUAGACAGCAAUAACUCAACCAAAAAACCCUAAACACUCCAAAAAAAAAAAAAAUACUAUCUUCUCCUAAAUUAGCUAGGUUUUGGCCCUUUAAAAAACAGACGGAGACGCUCAAUAAUGCCGGGACUGUCCAGGAAAACAUUUAGAUCUUUUAUUCUCCCUGGCAUAAGUAGUAUUAAGCAGAUACACUGUAUGUGCCAGAUAUUGGGAGCUAAGUAUGUUGUCAGCGGCCAUGGACAGCAAAUUCCAUGACAAAAUAACAAAAAUAGCCGCUACGAGCAGAUUGAAUAACAUGUGAUCACACCCGCAACCUGCUCCGCCCAGCAAACACUAUGGCGUGUAACAGUUUAUGAUCGCGUCACACCGAACUGUUCCGUCUUUACGCCACAUUGGUGGCUACGUGCCGCGUCACUGCGUUGAUAUACGAGUAGUCGUGACGCCACAAUCUCGCGAGAUGGAACUGGUGACGUUGGGAUUAGUUGUCAAGCAGGAGCCAAGGAGCUGCUCAUAACGGUGCUGUGGGAGGUUGAAGCAGCAGCAGCCCUGGACUGAUGGGCGGUAUAUAACAGCCGCUGAAUGGCGAGAUCCGUAGUGUAGCGUGUAAAGCUUCAGCCUGAGAUGCUUCUAACUCAUGUGUGUCCAACGAGCAGCUUUUAUUGAUCAACAAUUUACAAGGAGUGUUGGGAGUUCCGCUUCACAGAAACCGGGGGCUAGAGGUUGGGCAUCAACACAUCUCACCUUUUUUUAGUUUUAUGGCAUCUAUCAUUUCCAAGAGGUUCCACGGCAGCUGUGUCCUGUAAUCUGCUUCCAUUGUUUCCCCUGGUCACUUGUAAUGGAACAUUUCUGCUCUUAAAUCACAUAAGAUCCAGUAAGUGCAGUGAAUGGAAUCAGACUGCUUCCAAUCCUGACAACCAGGUCCACUUCAUUUCCAGCUAUUCUGAUGGGUCGGCCAGUCGUCCUGUACAAACAGAAGAGCAGAGCCAUUCCCAUACGUGUGUGUGACCCCUUGUGUCAUAUCUGUAGCUUUGCCUGCUGACUGUCAUAUGAGACAUGUGGAUUGUAUUCUCCCUUGAUCCAGACCCAAGACUACUGCUUCAUUACUGAAACUGCAACACAACUCACUCCCUGGCGAAGAUCUUUCCAAGUUACCCUCAUCUCCCUCAUCUCCAGUUGAUAAAGCUCCUCUGCACCCACUAGUCUGCUCAUCUAAAUGACACCCGAGCGAGGGGCACCCACAUGUCAUACAGUACCUGCCCUCAUUGAUCGGAGCACAGCUGUAAUCAGAGCAAAGAGCUGACUGUCCAAGGCCAACCUGUACAGCAAAAGGGCAAAACAGAAACAACUCCGUCAUGUGGCUUACAAUGAGUGCAAGAAGAUUCUUCUGACCCAUGCUUGGUAGAGGAUUUAAACGCAAGCUGAAUGACUGUGAGGAGACCAUGAACGACUUAUCUAGUGCCUGUGACUUCAACCGAAAUAUGCCAUACAGUCAUCAGAGGCAGCUGGUGCUGAAUAUGUGCCUCAACAAACUACAGAGCUAUAAAAUGCUAGUGGAACCUAAUCUACACCGAUCAGUUCUUAUAGCCAAUACAGUAAGACAGAUUCAGGAGGAAACGAGAAAGGAAGCUAGCCAGCUAGCUGGUAUUCUCUUUAAUGAUAAUGCCUGCAGCAAUGUAAUAUUCCCAGAAAACGAGUCCAUAGAAAACCCUGUAAAUUUGCCUUAUGGAAUUAACACCGUCGUCAGUCGAGACUCCUGGCCUUUGGAAAGUCCUGUUGACAGCUUGAUGGAAGUGACUGAUGACGAUAUGUCAUCUGCUAUAUCAUCUAUCCUAAAGGAUCUGGACUUUGUGGAAGACAUUAGCCCAUCCCAAACACUGGGCCCUUGUGUGCAGGAACAGCCAAAGCCAGUAGAAAGUGGAUCCAAAAUUGGCGACAAACAGGACAUAAAAGGAGGGGAAUGUGUUUUUGGUUCUUUUGAAAUCACGAGUUCUAUAAGUUAUUUGAAAGAUUUAUCUGUAGAUGACAUUUUUGAAGACAUCGAUACAUCUAUGUAUGACUCCGACUUCAGUUUCUCUUCUUUAAUUUCAGCAAAAGUGCAGCCUGCCGAGGAACCACUAAAAGUGCUCACAAUGUGCAAUACCCAAUCAAACAGCAAUAUACAGGUCUGCAGAACAGAUUUAAAUGACUUGGAUCACAUCAUGGAAAUUUUAGUUGGCUCCUGAUGAUGUCUCUCCACAAGAGACGGCACUUUGUAAUCCUUUGGAUGGAUGUCAUUAACUCAGUGCAGCCAAAUACAUUUGUUUAUUUUAUUUUUUUGUUAAGUUGUAGAAAAAAUAAUUUUAAAUUAGUGCGUGUAGAGAGAGAAAAAUCUAAAUAAAUGUGCUCAGUACAUCUAGAACAACUUGCUCGGCAAAUCAUAAAUUAGGCUUUAUCUUCUAGUCGUUUGAUAUUUUUGAAGUUUUUCUUUUAAUUAUAUUUGAGUCCUCCGCAGCCAUGACACACAUUUUUACAGUGUUACUGAAUACGCUUUCGAAUGAAGGCAAAAUAAAUAUUUGACAGAUGUCAUCCAUUUUCCCAAAAAAAAAUGUUUUUGUAACAAUUUCAAUCUUUCUAAAUUUUCUUAUAGUUAAUAGGCAGAGAUGCAGUAUGUCAUUUGUUGUACAUAGUGGACACUACCUCUUUCUAAAUGAAGUGCUAAGAUCCAGAACUGUCUUGUUAUAUGCUAUUUAUUUUGGUCUGGUUUACUUUUCACAUCCUUCUUCAUCUGAAAUGGCUAUUGUAAAAAUGCAGACACUUGUAUUUUGCUUUUUAAUUUAUUUGCAGGUAAAUAUUUUGUUUAUAAAGAUUUUAUUUAAGGUUGUUGUCUGUUAAUAGUAUAAAGGUAAUGCUGGCAGUGUAUUUUUAGGCAAUCUGGAAUGUAUACCUGGGAACCUUCUGGCUGACCAGACAUGGUAAUAUAGAUAAUAUUAGUUUGGUUGUUUAGAAGCAAGUAACUUGUUUACAGUUGUGCUGGAAGACAUGGCAAGUGCAUGUCUAGUAGUGGGGCCUGCUGCCGUUUUGGUAGGUCCAUCCCUAUAGGCCGCCUCAUUAAAUCAUGUGAAAGACUGCAAGGCAUUAUGACCUGGCUCGAUCUUAGUAGUGAAAUUAAAAUGUAAACCAAGAAGGUAGCAACAGUUGAUUUGAAUGUGCUUUGCUGUCCUGAGCACAAUUCAUUGCAUUUUGCGAGAUUCCCCUCUGCAUUUAAUAUACAUUAAAUUAAGGAUGCACCGAAUCCUUCUUGAAAGAUUCAGCCGAACACCGAAUCUGAAUCCUAAUUUUGGGCAGGAAAAGGAAAAAGUGUGGGGGGUAAUUUUUUACUUCCUUGUUG